GUGUGUGUGAGAGAGAGAGGACAGUCUGUCGCCGCAGUAAGGACAAAAUACACCAUGGAGACUAGAGGAGUUUUAUUUCUCUGUGUGACCUGCCUCAGUCUGUUAGCAGGCGCGCGUGGCGGGAAGAAGGACAUUUACGCGCGAAUUGUGGAUUUGGUGUCUCCAGGUGAAGAGUUCCUCACCGAGGAUGCACUUCUGUCGGUGUUUGAACUUCUGGAGAACCGCGUGCAGUGCUCCGCUGUGUCGUGUGGAAAGUGUCUGUCUGUUGAACAUCUGCGCCAGUUGUUGGGUAGUUACAGCAGCUCACAGGGCCUGCAGAUGGAGGAUUUCUUCACGGUGGCCCCUGGAUGCUGCCUGUUCCUGAGCGCUCCGCUGGAGGCCUGCAGGGCCAUACGGGAGGGCCGCUGGGGUGAAGAAGCCCAUCACUUCAUCCAGAUGAUCUUAGGCCAUGACAACUCCACCAGCAGUCUUAAUGAGAUCAGUGCCACAGAAUAUGAGGGUUUGGAGCAGCUGUUUGAUGAGAUGGAAAAAUACUAUCAGCCGGACACACUUGAGUCCUGUCUUUCUCUAAAAGACAUCCUGAAAGAGAGCGCUGAUCAACACGUAGAGCUCGACGCUGUUUUUGCAAAUAUCCUUUAUCAUGCAUUGCGCGGAGACUGCAUGAGAGCACUUGUCCUUCCUGAGCAGGAGUACUUUCUGGAUUACAUCUUCAGCCAUUUUGCCUCUGAUAAUCUUACGCUUCAUGAUUUUGAAAAGCUUCUGAAGAUGCUAAACCUGGGUGGAGAGGAACACGGCCGUGAUGAUGACCACACUGAUGAUAAACCCCACCGCAGCGGACGGACCCCCAGACAAAGUCACCAGGACGAUCGCCAUAGCAACAGCAGCUGGGACACGAUGUGUUUUAGCGCUGAAGACUUUCUGAGGAUCUACCGGCUGAACUCUUCGUCGCUGACCAGAGAUCAGUUCACACAGCUCGGUCCUGCUCUGGUUCAGCAGGUCCUCAGCGGAAGCUGUUCUGACAUCGCUUCCGCCCACGUGACCCCCGAUUCUCUGAGCACCGCCGAGAGAUAUGGAUAUGCCACUCUCGCCAACGUUAUCAUCUGUCUGAUGGCCAUGUUUGGGAUCGUGGUGCUGCUGUUCUCCAGGUGCACACAGGUGUUUCAGAUGUGCAUCCAGUUCUGCAUCAGCCUGGCUGUAGGAUCCCUCACGGGCGACGCUCUUCUGCAUCUGCUCCCUGCGUUCCUCGGUCUUCACACGCAUGAAGAAGGACACAAUCACGAGGAAGAGAAACUCGACUAUAUUUACAAACCCCUGGUGGUCAUUGGGGGCAUCUAUGUUUUCUAUCUGAUGGAAACCAUCUUUGCCAUCAUCACUCGACAUGGUCACCAUCAUGAUGGAGACUCCGACCCUCAUAACCACAGUAAAGUUCUGCUGAAGCUCCAGAGCAGGAGAACCCAACAAAACAACAACUCCACCUCACAGGACGAGCUGGUGGAUGAGCGAAACAAGGAGAAGUCUCACCUGGAGCCGAUGAGCAGCGCUCGAGAGAAGCGUCUGCUGCCGUUUAUGAUCACCAUCGGCGACGGGAUUCAUAACUUUGCGGACGGUCUGGCCGUGGGCGCCGCGUUCUCCGUGUCGUGGCGUUCAGGACUGGCGACGUCGCUGGCCGUUUUGUGUCACGAGCUGCCACAUGAGUUAGGUGAUUUUGCGAUCCUGUUGCACUGUGGUCUGUCGGUGAGAAAGGCUCUGCUGCUGAACGUGGGCAGCGCUCUGACCUCCUUCAUCGGUCUGUACAUAGCUUUAUCUGUCUCCGCUCAAACCAGCGCCGAGGAGUGGAUUUCCGCCAUCACCGCCGGCUUCUUCCUCCACAUCGCACUCGCGGACAUGCUCCCAUCUAUGAUUCACGUGGACAGUAAAAAACCGUGGCUGAUAUUUCUGCUGCAGAAUCUGGGUCUGGUGACUGGAUGGGCGAUUUUAUUACUCCUGUCUUUAUAUGAAGACCAGAUAGGAAUCUAAGAAAUGAUGCAGGGUUGUAUUUGUGCCAUGUUCUCUCCCUCGACCGUAUUUAAGGGCUGUCGUGUUUUAAAAACCUUUUAUCUUGAAUACUUCAUUUUUUUUGUUGUUGUUUUUGUCGGGAACAGAAGAGAAAUUAACAGAAAAAAUAAAAGCAGAAUUCCUUAUUUGUUAAUAUUAUUUUCAAGAAUAUUAUUGCUUAUUACAUUUGCUAAUUAACAUUUAAAUCAGCCUUGCUAAUCACUUGAUUUACAGCAGAUAAAUGGCUUUUUAUGGCUUUCUCAAGAGACUCCCGUCCUUCAGUUUGAAUUUAUUUGUAACUAGUUAAGUACAGUCUGUAAACAUUCGUUCUGUGUUGAAUUGGAAACAGGACAUCCGAUUAAUAUCGUGAAAUACACUCGAUGCGUGGAUUUUGCCGAUUCAUUAAAUUCUGCUAAUAUGAAGUGAGUUUCCGUCACGUUUAGUGAAAAAAAACCUGUGAAUAAAUAAACUGCUGGUGAUCUGUAGCCCAGUCCUUGCUUAAAAAUGUUCAGUCAUGGCCUUUGUGCUUUCAUAAACGUUACGUAAAGAGUCUCUUCAUCAUUAUGGCCUUAUGUGAGUCUAUUAUUAGUCAUGUUCGGGAUUGCAGGGCUGAAAGCUCUGCGGUAAAGCCUGUCAUUUUUGUCUCGCCUUCAAACUCGAAAUGCUGAAGUCUCAUUUGAUUCUGACUCGCACGACUUAAAAGCGCUCAUUAGAUGAUGAGACUUUAAGAAAAAAAAACCCACACUGAACGACCGGUGUCUCUAAAAUACACACAUAACUGCAAACAUCGAAAAAAAUCCUUUAAAACGAAUAGCUGUAUUUAAACAGUAAGAAAGUUAACUACGUAUUAAGGCAUUACUAAUUCAUUUGAUAAACAUCUGAACGAACUGCUAUACAGUCAGAGUCCGUCCACACGAUGUGAAGCAGGUGAAUUGGACUGAACUUGAGCUGAACGAGUUGUGAAGUACACAUGUACAACACAUGUACAACACAUGUACCUGACACACAACACCGUUUCCUUAUACUGAAAAAUGAGGAAGACUUCUAUAGUUCAGACCAUCUGAUCUGUGCAACGACACGGAAACAAAACUGCUUUUGAUUUCCCAGACACUAUAUUUUCAUAAUAUUUAACAGAAGUAAAUAU